AGCAUCCAUAACCAAAAAGAAAUGAAGGAAGAAACAAGAUGAAGAAGAUCCAUUGAUCAUUCUCAAAGCAAAAACUGUUGUUGGCAAUGGAAGGUCAACAAAGAAUAUUUUUCAUUUUUCCUCCCAACCCAACACCCAAGACAUGAAUAUUCUCAAAAAUAGUCAAGAAAGGCAUAAACCCAUUUGAAAUCAAGAAAUCUAAAGGAAACAGGCCAUCAAAUUUCAGCACCAAAAAAACUUCAAUGCCACAGUUUUGCAAGUCUUUGAUCCAUAAAUUUGGCCUACAAAAAGAGAACCCUCUGCCAUUAAUUGCAUCAUCAAAACUCAAAAGAAAAUUAGUCCAUUUUUGUGUGUGUGAAUGGCAAAAUUAGGGUUUGCAUUUGGGGUUUUGAUGUGUUUGAUGGUGUUGGUAAAGGAAGGUGAUGGCACUGAGUUCACUGUGGGAGGAGCCAAGGGGUGGUCUCUUCCAAUGGCUCAAACCUAUAAUCAAUGGGCAGAAGCAAACAGGUUCCAAAUCGGAGACUCUUUAGUCUUCAACUAUGCUGCUGAUGAAGACUCAGUGCUUCAAGUAACCCAAGAUGAGUACAACAGUUGCAGCAUCCAAUCACCAAUCAAACAGUUCUCUGAUGGCCACACUGUUUUCCAGUUUGACAAAUCUGGGCCUUACUAUUUCAUCAGUGGAAACAAAGACAAUUGCCUCAAAAAUGAGAAGCUGGCGGUGGUUGUUUUGGCUGAUAGAAGCAAUUCAACUUCUAAUCAGACCAUCACUCUGCCUCCUUCUCCUUCUCCUUCUCCUUCUCCUGCACCAGCAAAUGAUCAAACUGGCACAGCUUCUCCCCCACCGUCCGGGUCGGGAUCGACUGAAAUCAUCCCUUCUCCCCCACCUGCUGAGGAAGUCAGUCCAUCUCCAGCGCCUACUGGGGAAGAGUCUCCGCCUGCAGGGAUGUCUGCGAUUAACCCUACGCCACCUCCUCUCUUGGUACAACCACCUCCGAGUGUCGGAUUUUCGAUCAUCCCCAGCAGCAUUGGCUCCAUUGGAGCCUUUGUUGCUGUUGCUAUAUUAGCUUUCUUCUAAGUUUGGUGUUGGUCUGUCAAUAAAUCUUUGUAGAUGAUCUUAACUUUCUCUCUCCUAAGAAAUAGCUGGGUGAGCAAUCAUCUGUGUUUCAAAAAGAAUAUAUAAGAAUUGGAUUCAAAAUCAGCAAGUUAUUUCCAUA